GAACAUCGACUCGGCCUGCAGUUGCUCUUGAACCUCCGAGUCGCGUUCGUGUUUCCUGCAAUGGCACCUGCUUACAAGCUCACCUAUUUCGAUGGCAGAGGCGUUGCCGAAGCCGCUAGAUUCUUGUUUAAAUACGGGGAGGUGGAGUUCGAGGAUGUAAGGGUGAAAAGGGACGAUUGGCCCCAACUGAAGGAAAAAACUCCUUUCGGGCAGUUGCCCGUUUUGGAACACAAUGGCAAGCAAAUUGGGCAAAGCAUUUCCAUUUGUAGAUAUUUGGCCAAAGUUGUGAAACUGACAGGAAACGACGACUGGGAAAAUUUGGAGAUCGAUGCGACUGUGGACACCAUUAAUGACUUGCGCCAGAAAAUAUCAGCAGCUCACUGGGAACAAGACGCUGAGAAAAAAAAGAAGUUGAGAGAGACCCUUCUCAAUGAAACUAUUCCGUAUUAUCUUCAACGUUUGGAAGCACAAGCGCAGAAAAAUAAAGGCUAUUUGGUCCUUGGUCACUUAACUUGGGCCGAUAUGUACUUUACCAGUGGAGGAACCGGUUUUGAUCAGUUUGUCGGUAGUAACACGUUUGACAAAUACCCGACUCUAAAAGCCUUGAGAGAGAAAGUGGAAGCACUGCCCGCUAUCAAGAAGUGGAUGGAAGCUCGACCCAAGACUGAAUUUUAAUUUUUGUAUUGUAUACACUUUUGAUAAAAAUUUUUGCAUUUCCAAUUAAACAAAUUCGUAAAAA